AUGUCUUGGGCGGAGACGCAACACAUCUUAGCGUCGCCCACCAGUCUAGGCAUUCCCAUCACUUCCCUCGCAUUCGAUCCAUUCUCCGACCUCCUCUUUUCCGGCACAUCGACCGGAAAUCUUUUGGCUCAUUAUGGACCUUCUUUGAAUCGAUACACCUCUGCUUUGGCUCAUGGCACAAAGACGAAAGAUAGUAGGAUUCAUCCGCAGGAAACGGUCAGGGGAAUCGUGCUGGAUGAGAGAUGCGUGUACUCGGUGGGAGAUGGGAGCGUGAGAGCGCAGAAUAGGAGAGGACUCUGUAGGUGGAACGAGCUGAUUGGGGCGAACAACCAAUCCUUGAAACUCUCCUCCAUCUGCUUCUCGCCCGUCUUGUCAUCAUCCGACUUGAUAGUGUGCGGAUCCCACGCCGUUCCUCAACCAGAUCCUUCCAGCGCCGAUUCUAUCCUCGUCCUCAACUCGAGCGUAGGAGGCGUCGUUCGUCGAGGCACUUCCGAUGCGCCACUUUCCCAUGUGCGAAGGACGAACAGGUUGUUGGCUUGCGGUACUUCCAAUGGACAGGUGCAGCUCAGAGAUCCGAGGAGCUUGAAUGUGGAGCAUCGCUUGCAUGCUCAUCCUGGUGGCCUCAUCGAGGUGCAGGCAGAAGGCAACUACGUCUGGAGCGCUGGCUGGACAGUCAGACUUGGACAUCCUGUACCCGAGCCGUACGUCAAGGUGCACGAUGUAAGGUCACUGCGAGCCUUGUCCCCGUUGCCGUUCUCAGCGCCAGGCGGACCUGCGCUCUUGGCAAUCCAUCCCAAGUUGAGCAGCACAGUUAUGGCCGCAUCUCCAGGUGGACAAUUGCAAGUAGUAGAUGUGAACAAUGCUGGAAGCGCGCAAUACUACCAAGUCGCUACCAAUAGCUACCUGUCUUCCAUGGCCGUCUCUGCCAGCUCGGACUACAUGGCCUUUGGUGAGGGUGACGGUAGCAUACGGUUGUGGGCAAAUGUACCCCCCGGCACCGAUCCCACCAGUGCUGGAUUGAGAUUCGCACCGCACAUCGCCAGUCCACCCGAGAUGGCCGACGUGCCCGAAAUGCUGCAGCCCAUCCAGUGGAGCAUCGAGACUCCCCUGUCAAGUAUCGGCAUGCCACACUACACCGAGACUCUCUUGUCGGUACUCGACUACAACCACUACAGCUCAUCUGCCUCGCCACUGUUCAACCCGCCAACAAAGAUAGACCCGCAGGUGUUAUCCACCAUGCGCACUGUGGACGGAGUAGCCUACGCUCCACUUCCUCGUCACUUGCGCGGCAAGAGGAAUCAAAUAUCCGGUCAAGGCCCAGGCGGAACUGCGAAGGGAGACGCACUGAAAGCUGCAGGACUGGCGGGCGGGUCGAGAUCUGAUCCGGCCGAAAGACGGAGGAUAGGCAUGCCGCUGUUCAGAUCUGAAAGGGAGAAGGAGCAGGCUAGAGCAAAGACGAAUGCUGCGGACUCGCAGACUCCCGACACUCCUCUUAGCCCGGGGGCUGAAUUUGCCACUUCGAAAGAAGAGACCAGAGGAAUGCCAUCUUACUAUGGCGUCAAGACCAUCCAGUACAGCAAAUUUGGAAUUGAAGACUUUGAUUUCGAUUUCUACAACAAGACACCAUUCUCUGGAUUGGAAACACAUAUUCAGAAUUCCUACUCGAACGCCUACUUGCAAUCCUUGCACUAUCUCUUGCCUUUUCGAAAACUUGCAGAGCAGCACUGUCUCAAUUCUGCGCACGAAACGCAGGCGACUUGCAGCGUCGAGACUUGUCUGCUCUGCGAGGCUGGAUUCUUGUUCAGAAGUCUAGACACUGCCAAGGGCCAGAACUGCCAAGCGACGAACUUCUUCAGAGCUUUGGGGAACAAUGAAAGAGCCAUCUCUUUGGGAUUGAUGGACAAGGAAGACUCGCCACAUGCGGACACCGCUUACAGCAACCUCAUACAGACCUUUAACCGAUUUGUCCUAGACGCAGUCUCGCAAGAGGCUGCAAGACAUGCAGAGAGACCCUCGCCUGGUCAGCAAAGUAGGCGCGCUAAUCCCGUCUCGGCGCUCUUCAGGAGCGCGGUCAGAACGCGCAACGUCUGCUCCACGUGCGGCUUUUCGUCGGACAGGGAAGCCAAUAGCAGUGUGGUAGACUUGGUUUACCCAAGGAAGGCCAUGUCCAAUGAGCUUCCACCGCCUAGCGAUUUUGCGUCGAUCUUGAAGGUAUCGUUGCUGCGUGAGACCAUGUCAAAAGCGCUGUGUCGGCAUUGCCACACAUCGAACAGCAUCAUACGUUCACUUCGAGAACUUCCUGCGCAUGAAGACUUGCCCAAAGCACUGAGCAUCAACGUCAACGUCCAUACGGCUGAGCAACUGGCCUACUGGAUCGACGGCAUCGGUCCGAGCGGUAUCAUGCAAAGUACCUCUUCCACAAGUAGCUCUGGCAUUAAUCGCCAAACGUUCUUGCCCCCAUACGUCGCUGUUGAUGUUCGGACUAAGGACGUGCGCAUCUGGGGUAUCUGGGACGAACACGCAAUGCUGGAAGCCAAAGAAGAGGGCGGCGUGGCACUGUAUACCACGAGGUCUAUCGUCGUGCAAAUACAGGCGGAGAAAGAAGCGCCGCAUCUGUGUUGUAUUGUGCGGAUUCCUAAGGAGCAAAGAUCAUCGAGCGGAAGUGCAGACGGAGCGGAGCGACGGGCAGAUUCGGCAAAGGCUGAGCCGACUGAGAGUGAUGCAAACGCUCAAUCGUUGGAGGGAUCUGCGCAGAAGGGCAAAUCCAUCACGCACGAUUGGUACCUCUUCAAUGACUUUCUUGUGCGCGGCAUCUCCCAAGCCGAAGCGCUCGGCUUUCCAGCGAUUUGGAAGAUACCCGCCAUCGUCUGGUUGGAGCGCGUCGACGUCCCAACACUGGAAGCGAGCCUCGCACUUCCCCGCUCGCUGGAUACUACUUCACUCCUUCAGGACACCAACAUAGCUUGGCGACGCGACCCAAAUCGUGUUCGGCACGAAAUUUUGAGGGUCGAAGAGCUGCCCAAGCCCGGGACCCUAGUCGCCAUCGAUGCAGAAUUCGUGGCCCUGAGUAUGGAGGAGCUCGAAGUGCGCUCCGAUGGCACUCGCUCCGUCAUCCGUCCUAGUCGCCUGACACUGGCGCGUGUGUCCGUGCUCCGAGGCGAAGGGCCAAAGGAAGGCACUCCUUUUAUCGACGAGCAUAUUCAUACUCGGGAGCCCGUUGUGGAUUAUCUCACUCAAUUUUCGGGCAUCUUGCAUGGCGAUCUCACGCCCGAGUCCUCCAAGCACACGCUCGUCCCGCUCAAAAUGGCCUACAAGAAGCUUCGAUUGUUAGUGGAGCUCGGCUGCGUCUUUAUUGGACACGGGCUCAAAAAGGAUUUCCGUAUCAUCAAUAUUCAUGUGCCGGAGCAUCAGGUGAUAGACACAGUCGACUUGUAUCACAGCGCAGCUCAUCCACGCAAGUUGAGUCUUCGCUUUUUGAGCUGGUUCUUGCUCAAGCAAGACAUUCAAGGUUCGUCUGCCAAGAAUAGCGAGCAAGGACUGGAAGCUGGGAGCGGUGCAGUCGAAGGUCACGACUCGAUCGAAGAUGCUCUGGCCGCCCUGAGGCUGUACCGUCUGUACGAGAACUUCAAGCGCGAUGGUAGGCUAGACGACGUGAUGGAAGACCUAUACGAGGAAGGACGCAGAGUGAAUUGGAAACCUCCGGUGCAGCCUUCCAAUUCCAAUACAUCGACGCACAGCUUGCCAACGCAGAUUCCGACAGGUUCCGAAAUGCUUGUGCCGAUCACCGCACCAUCACAAGCUUGGCCCGAUUUGGGCUGA